AUAUAUAUAGAGAUGUAUAUCUCUCUCGAAAAUAUGUAUGCAGGCAUGUAACACACACCACACCACACUCCACUCCACUCCCCGGACAGCCCAAAAUAAAUAAGUGAACAUCACCGACCUCUGCAGCUCAGCCUCAGCAUACAAGAUAAAUAAUGGCGGCGUCGAGAGGAGCGGCCGCGGCGCUGGUGGUGCUGCUCGCCGCAGUCAAUUGCUUUGCGCUGCAAGCGUCGGCGCACUACACCAGCUGCCCUCCGCCGCCGCCUCCACCGCCAUGCCCUCCGGCGGCCCCAAGCAGCGGCGGCGGCGUGGGGUGCCAUCGGGACGCGCUCAAGCUAGGCGUCUGCGCCAACGUGCUGGGCCUCAUCAAGGCCAAGGUGGGGCUGCCGCCUACGGAGCCCUGCUGCCCGCUGUUGGACGGCCUCGUCGACCUGGAGGCCGCCGUCUGCCUCUGCACUGCCAUCAAGGCCAACGUGCUGGGCAUCCACCUCAACCUCCCCAUCGACCUCGCCCUCGUCCUCAACCACUGCGGCAAGACCGCCCCCAAAGGCUUCCACUGCACCCACUAAUAAAGCACUCCCUCCUUCUCCUAAUAAUACAUUACAUGUGCAUCCAUGCUUCACUUCUCGUCCUCACAUCCAUCUUAUUUACUCUAGCAUCCUCGUCGACCAACCAUUCAUGCAUGCAUGCACGCACAACUCAGCAUGCUCAAUACAAUGCUGUUGUUGCAUACUUGCAUAUGCAAAUUAAUUCUGAUUUAUUUCUUUCCUUUUUCCUUUUAUGUAAUAAUGUAAUGUUGGCCUCGCUAGCUUCAUUAUUAUUAUUAUCCCAUAUACUAUAACAAAUCAAAUUGUUUUCUGUA